AUGGACUCUCUAUUCAAUAUUGGCGAAAAAUGCAUCUGCAUUCACAAUAGUAUACGGUACAACGCGACUAUCUCGAGUAUCAAUACGAAAGGUAUCACUCACUUUUAUAAAGUUCAUUUCGCCGGGUUCAACAAGAGAACCAACAUAGCUGUUGAAGUUGGCAAAGAGAAUGGUAUCCUCGAAAAAGGGACAAUCGAUAACACCAACGACUGCGGAGCUAGCUCACAAGACCCAGUUGCGAGACAGGAUUCAAAAACUCGCAAGAGAAAUGCUGACACGUUGAAGAAUGAGAAUGCGACAAUUACGAAUAAUGAACAAGUUUAUGCAGGAACGAUGGCUACUACGGGAAGCAAGGAAUCUGCGUUAUCUGUUGAAAACAAUAAGCAGAUGACAAUGAUCGAUACGAAUUGUGGAGAGUCAAUUGCAAAGAAAAUUAGAGUUGAGGAAGGAAGAGAAAAUCAAGGGGAAACUUACGAUCGUUCUCUCGUUUCAGCGGUUUCAUCGGAUUUGCCGGAUUCCCUGAACUUAUUCCUCCCACUAUCGCUAAUUGAAAUCUACACUAAAGAUUAUGACAUGCUGAACGAGAAGCGAGGAGUUUGUGUCCAGUCUAAAUCUUCUAUCUACGAUAAAAAAUACGAUUUGAUUGAAAGUAUCGAUCAUGUGUUGAAUAUGACAGUGUGCGACUUGAAAAAUAAGAAGAGCGAAUGUGAUAUGAAAGCAAUCAAGUCUCAUUACAACAAUUUAAAGGAUUUCAUCAAAGAAUUCUUUGAAUAUUUUGAGGUCAUUGCUUGGAGAGUCCUUUUGAACAAAGAAGAGCUUGAGUUUUGCCAUCAGAAACUUCUGGAAUUUUGCACUGAGAACCGUGUCAAGAAACCGGAAUUCAUUAAUACCAUCGAUUACGAAUAUUACGGAAACCAGGGAUUUCGAGUGGCGAGCCACUUUAAUAUGAUUAUACUUGUGCGUAUGCUUGUUAUAUUUCCGUAUGUACAGAAGGAUUUUCCAUUCUCCGGACGUUCUAAAAAAAUAUACAAGAGCGGAAUGCUCCGACUCAUCCAAUCCUUAGAUCUCGCCGCACAUUCUGUCCAGAUGUGGGCUUCGUAUGCUCCUGCAAAAACUUCUGAAAAUCCCAGCUGGAUCCCUGAAAAGUACGUGCAAGGUGCCGAGGAGCUGAAGGAUUUGGAGAUAUUUGAGAAGAACAGGCUGUGGAAAGAUGAGAAUGGACAGCCGAUCGACAUUCAAACUCUGUCCGUUUUUACCUCCUAG